CUCUCCCGCCAAACCUCACCUCACCCCCAGGAACGAAUUCAAGCCGAUAAACCCUCCACGCGACAAACCCACACCCACAAACACCCAACUGCAGCUCCCCGUGGCGCACCAAGGUCUUCCAUGUAGUACCGCCCCACGCUGCCAACCAUGGCCACGCCCGCAGUCACGUCGCACGACGCGGCGGCGAUCGACAUCCACCCGCUAGAGACAUCCUUCAGCAUGUUCGAUUCGAGAGCCUCGCUCGACCUCUCAUUCGGGGAUUUCGCCAUCAACAGACUCGAUCCGCGAUUCAGCAUGAUGUCGUUUGGUGGGAGCACGUCGGGGGAUGAUAGACGCAGUAGUGUUGGGUCGGCGCGCGACGAGCCGCAGGGGCACGAUGGCGAUGUGCGCCCAGGUCUGCUGGCGGUUGAGGGGGAUGGUUUGCAGAAUGAUGGGAGGCGUCAGAGUUUGGCGUCUAUACAGGAGGAACCUACACAAGUCGACGGGAAUGGCCGCAACCUUACGCCUAUUCGUGAGGAUUCAGCGCCCAAGAGAGACAACCAAACAGAUAUUGCGCCUAGCGCCAGCUACCAACAACCACAGAAGGAAUACGAACACCCCAGUGUUAUGUUCAUCCAUGAGCUUCCCGCGGAGAACUACGAUCUGGAUCCAACACCUAUUCCUACCCCUCCGCAGGAACUUCCAGCACAGACCAACGAGCCGUCAAGGAACCUUAUGUCUGUAUAUGACGAUGCAGUCCCGGAUGAUAGGCGCCAAAGUACUACCUCUACGAAUGAGAGUCUAACUGAAGCUAAUGGCAGGCGCCGUAGCAUUGUCUCGCUCCAUAAAGAUUAUGUCCCAAACGACGAGAUUCGUUUGAGCGUCAUUUCAAUUCAUGAUGAUGAUGACGGCGAGCGCCCGGUCACCCAACCCCGUGAAACUCAGGUCCCAAUACAUCCAAUUGAGUCAAUGCAGGCGGCAUUCGAGGAAUCUAUGCUCGAUGCCUUUGACAAUGACGAUCCUCCUUUGAAGCCUAUCCUCGGCAACGCAGCCGAGAGACGGAAGGCAUUGCUUGAUCAGGACAUCUCUGCGGAGACCCACGCGGGGAAGUGGAAGCAGAAGCCGGGCCAGAGAUAUCACGAGCUAUGGAAGAUCAUGUCUCAGAUAUCAUUCGGCAUUUACCUCUUACUAAACGGCCUGGCAAGAGACGACGAGCAAGCCCUUACUAUCCUGCAAGGGCACGUGGAUGAGGUUGAUGGGUUUUUAGAGACGACUCUGGAGGAUUUCGAUCUUGCCCAGGAGGAUAUUGAUGAGAGGCUGAAGAACCUUAGGAUGCCUCUGGAGAACAUUAGCGUCUUUGAAGAUAUGAUGGAGGACAGGGACUUCAGGAACCAGAUCGUAUCCGGAAACGAGACCAUUGAGCACAUCAUCACGCGGACAGCGGCAGCAAUGAAAGAUUCGCUCCGAAACGUGCAGCAAGGCAUGGAAGCAACAAGAGAAGUUGCUGGGUAUAUGGCUGAAGAAAAGGCCCGCCAUCGAUGGCAGGCAGAACGCCCCGAAAUGAAAGAGGUGUUUGAUGCCAUGAAGGGAAAUGCCGAUGGGUGGUACAAAGCAUAUGUGUCCUUGCAGACGAAGGGCAACAAACUUGGCGUAGCACUGGUGCAACUCGGAUCCAUCGUUGCAGAAAUCGACAAGCGCGCUGGCGAGAUUAGUCGAAAUGCAAGAUUCAGCAUCGCUAUGUCCCCCCGCCAAUCCAUCAAGCAAACAUCCAUCACCUCCCCCCCCUCCUCCCCGCGCCACUCCUCCCGCCCCUCCCGCGCCUCCCUCCGCUCGGGCCCCUCAACCCGCUCGCGCGCCUCAAUGGCCAAAGAACUUCCCUCAAACCCCAGCAUGAUCACGCCCGCCAUCCGCGCCACCCUCCCGGCCUUCCAACUCGUCCAAGAGCGCGAAGAAUCUCCCGACCGCGACUCCAGCUCCAUCUCCGACCCCGAGCUGCAGGAGCCCCAAUUCCUCACCCUGGAACCGAGAACUUACACCCCACCCCCGCUGACACCACGCGCCUAUUCCGCGGGUCCACCACCUAGUUCACGCCUCCCUACACCCCCCGACGUCCAAGAGCGCGUCGAAUCCGCCCCACCUAUCGCGCGCAAAUCCUCCCUCCGCGAGCGCCUCUCCCUAACGCGCAAAGCAGCCCCAGCACCGCUUCUCAACAUCCCAUCCCACCACAACGCCAACCCCAGCCCAGCACACACUCCCGCCAUUCUCCAAAUCCGGCGUCCCCCUUCCAACAUGGAGCUCCGCCGCCCUCCACCUCUCCAUUCUGGCGCUACCCCCAACUCCCCCCGCUCCCUCUCCAACCCCACCACCACCGGUCUGGGUCUCGACUCAGCGUACUACUCGGACCCGAAUCGCGUUUCGGUCGUCGGGACACCGAGCCAGGAGUAUCACCAAUUCAUCGCCUCUGCGCAGACGCGUCAUGAUUACGGGUCUACGUAUGUCAUGACGCCGAGGUCGGAACAGCAGCAUUUUCACCCCGUGCAGGCGUCGCCGCAUUCCCCGCUUCAACGGCCGUGGACUGCGGCGCCGACGCAGAGGUUGCCGCCGGGGAGGAGUGGUGGGGUGGCGUCGGCGCAGUAUAAUAGCUACGGCAGCAGUUACGGGAAUACGACUAAUAGUUACAACGGUGGGAGGGAGAGCAGGAUGAACGGCAGCGGUAGCGUGUACCCCAGCAACAUGUCACAGAUGACGCUUGCCAGCCAGGUGACAGUGGGGGUGGAUGAGCAGGGGAAGAAGGUGAAGAAGAAGCGGAGCGGGUUCGGGUGGUUGAAGAAGGCGUUUAGUUUAAGUGAGGAGGAGAAGAGGGAGUUUGAGGAGGCGAGGAGGAGGAGGGAUGUUGUGGAUGGUGGGGGGCCGAGGGAGAGGAUCUUUUUGGAUGGGAGGAGAGUUAAUCGUUGAUUGUCUGCUUCUGCGCGCUCAUCUAGGGGGCUGAGGAGAUUGACGAACCAUCACACCACACACACACAUUUACCCCUUUUUCCCCCCAACCCAAACCUGUUUUUUUUUUGUCAUCACACCACCUUUUCUGCUUCUUAGCAUACCAUCUAUAGCGUCGGCGUUGCCAUUUUUGUUUGUUUUAGCUUCUUGCUUUUUUUUUUCAUCACACUUUUAAGCCAGCGGAGCGGUGCUUGGUUCUUUUUUUUUGUUUCUGCUUUUGCGUUUUUCGCUUCGUGUACAUUAGAUAUCCUAGGGACUAAAACGGGGGGGGAGGUUGCAUUUGGCAUGGUGGGGUUGCUUUUACAUAAUGAUGAGGGGGAAGUGGUAAUAUGAUAACGAUGAUGAGGCCA